CCAAGCGUCUGAUCAGCCGGCCAGCAGGCAUCCCUCCGACGAAUGCAUCAUCCUUCGUCUUUGCUUCCUUCCACGACCACCAGCGUCGGAGCAGCUGCCUGCUACAGGCCUAACACUCGAGCUUUACUGGCACCAUGAUUAUCGAGGGCGAUGCUAAGGUGCCUCCGAGUGAAGACAACAAUGAACUUCAGGCCGCUCAGGAUCUUUCUCGAAGUAGAUCAAGCGCGUCUUCAGCUGGUGGCCCGAGCUUGUCGUCUAGUCUACCUCGAUAUUCGGAUGUGCCAAACAGGUCUUCUUUGAGGCCUCAAUCUCCUCCAGCAUCCCCUCCAGCGUCCAUUCUGUCGAAAGAGACGGACGCGACGGAACGCAAUAGUGUCAGGUCGAGCUUCAGAAGUUCUGUGGCCUUCAUUCCGACGCCAGGUGUCGAAUCAAAAAGGCUGGAACGAUACGAACCAUGGACGUUGAGACUCGGGGUGGUCAUUGGAGGAGCGAGCGUUAUGAUCGCGACUGCAGUUGCGCUUGAAAUCGCGCUGCUCUUGUCAAUGAAACAAGAUGGCUUUUCUGUACCACCUAAGAAUGUGUUCGCAUUUGUGUCACAGCAAUUUCUGUUGUCCUUCUUCCCUACAUUGCUCAUCAUCCCGCUCGUCUUCCUGAUUCAAGCAUUCGACUGGGCCAUUCGGUGGUGGCAGCCGUAUCUUCUCCUUUCUCAUGGACGUGUCCGGGCAGAAGAGUCCCUUCUCCUUGAUUAUAUUUCUAUGAAUCGCGUGCGCGUACUCUGGAACGCCGGGAAAUGGAGACAUGUACUCGUCAUUGUCUCGACGCUUACCACGCUCUGCUCCUAUGUCCUACAACCUUUGGCUGGCUCGAUAUUCUCAAUACAAAACCGUCCGCAAAAUUCUUUCACGGAAGUUGUUAGCACUCGAGCUAUCGGGCUCUCACCAAAUUUCGAAGACCUUACCGCCUUCUCUGCCGCGGCCGGAUUUGCCGAAGCAUCAGCCUACAAUGGCCUUCCUGACCCUCCAUUCGUGCUGGGAGGGUGGGCAGUCGCUCAGUUUGUUGUCCCGAGCGACACUUCUGGGAACGGCACCGUCGCCGUCAACACAACAGGCAUCAAGGUUUCCCCUGGGUGCUCACAACCAACCGUACUGAAGCUGGUAACCAAAUCGCCUAACGCUUUCACCAUGCUCGCCGGAUAUGACGGCUGUACCAUCACAUCGACCUUGGACCCUUCCCACGGCCCACAGCAAUACGGAGUCGCAAACAUGUCCUAUGCGAGUUGUAAUAUGUCGCCAAACCCCUUACCGAGCUUUGUCGAGUUCCAGCCCGUGAUGUUUUGGUUCUAUGAUGCUACCACCGAUGCGGGACCACAAGCUCAGGGGAUCUUCUGCGCCCCGACGCUCGAGGCGCACAACGUCGUGGCGGUAGCAGAUAUUGCGACGGGAAGUUUGAUUGCAGUGGAGUCUUUUGCAGAGUUCUCACAGGAUAACAACGUCACCAGCGCCGAUGGCCCUCUCAAAGGAUAUGUUCCCAAUGGGGUGGUCUUCGACCUUGGGGAUAACUAUGAUGCGAGCGUGGCAGCGAGAGCGAUAUCCAUCCAAACUGGGAUUGUGAAUGCGAUCUUCAGAGCCGCCUUACAGAUUGACCCUGAACUCACGACAGUGUUUGGCGAUGGCGACGACAACGACGACGACGUUGGGUUCUUGGCUCUGACUGAAUCUGUCUAUACACAACAUCUGGCUCUUGCGGCCAAGUCGGAUUACUUCGUAGCCGUCAACGAAAGUGUACCGGCGAUCUUGACCCAGUUACCUCCGCGUCUUUGGAUCGAGCCUCUAUCCGCACACAUCCUGUCGGCCUUACUCCUUCUUCUUGGAACGAGCACCAUUGCCUUACACAUACAACACCACUCCGCCCGCCGCCGAGUCUAUCUCACACAUCCUCCCGGCUCCAUCGGCACGGUUCUUUCCCAGACGUCGCACUCUGGGUUCGGAGAUGCGCUCUUCCCGUAUGACGAUGAAGCAGCCAUGAGGUCCAAACUUGCGGGAUUGAGAUUCAAGCUGGACGACAGGACUGGAGCGAUCGUCGUAGAUGAAGACGCGGUGAGCUACGGGAAGAUGAAGGAGGGAGGUCGUGAGGGUGGUGUGUUCCAGUCUGCGACACCGAAGAGGAACAGUACGUGGGAUGAGUUGGAACACGCGUCGGAAGACAACGCCGGAUUUGGGCGGAGAAGAGGGUAUGAGCGGGUGGGAAGCGGGGGUAGUGAAGAGCUUGCGCGACUUGCUGCUGCCGCAAGUCCCCGGUGAUGACAUGCGCGGUGCCGUCGUUUUACCUUUCAGUAUGAAACAGUUCGAGUGAUUUGCGUGCUAAGUUAUCGAAGACAGGACUUUGCUUUGUUGCGCUUUCUCCGCUUUGUGUUGAGUGAGCGUCUGUAUUUGUUUCGUGUAUUCUUGUUUGUUUCUCGUACUUUUAAUACAUUACGGUAAUCUACGGUAUGCAUGGUAGGUGGCACUGCGAUUCCGUGCCUCGCCUCUACCUC